CGUCACAACAAUCAGCCGCAGGCCAGGCUGGGUUGAUCAUAGGUGCUGCUGAGUCCCCCGGUGUCCUGAUGACUGGGGACCUCAAACAUCUGCCCUGUGCCUUCCAACACACAACAAGCCAAGCGAAGGCGGCAGAUGCCGCCCUGGAAAUCAGCCGUAGAGCAGUUGAAGAUCAACUAAAGAUAUGUGGCCACAAGAAGGAUGCUGAUGUCUUUGAGCUGUUUCUUUCUCAAAAGGAACUGACAGAGGUCAUUGAUCUUUCUAGGUUUAAAAAAUUAAAAUACUUAUGGCUACAUCAUAACAAGCUCCAUGGAAUAACAUUUAUAACUAGAAACUACUGUCUGGCAGAACUAUACCUAAACAACAAUGAAAUAUUUGAUAUACAAGGCCUGCACUCUUUGCAUUCGUUGCAUAUACUCCUGCUGCACCACAAUGAGUUAACAAACAUUGAGGCAACAGUAAAGGAAUUAAAGGGGAUGCUAAAUCUGAAGACCCUAACUCUCUACCAAAACCCUUUAUGCCAGUAUAACUUGUACCGUUUAUACACAAUCUACCACCUUCCAGGAGUAGAGUUGCUUGACGGAAAUCAAGUUACAGAAAAAGAAAGAAGAUCAAUGAUUACGAUUUUUAACCAUAAAAAGUCUCAUAUUGUUCAAUCAAUAGCAUUCGGAGGAAAAGUAGAUGCCUCAUGGAAUCCAAGAUCACCACUUAAGCAAAAACCAGCCCAGAGAGUACCUUCAGACUUUGCAUUUGCGAAUAAUGUAGACAAAACUAUGUUUGAUGACCCAGAAGAUGCUGUUUUUGUAAGGUCCAUGAAGCGAUCGGCAAUGACUAUUACCUCUCUGAACUGGGACACAGUUCCAACACGAGAGGAAAAAUACCGUGAAGAGAAAGACACAGGACCUGCCCAAAUGCUCACAGUUACACUGAGAUAAUCCUUGGGGUUUCUAGAAAUCCUAGUAGUUUUCAGUUAUAUAUUAAACUUUUCUGUGAUUAGCA